GGUAGGGCACGAUGCAAUUCGUAUACCGACAAAAUAUAUCCGCAAUAUCUACCGAAAAUCUGAAACGAACGACUGAGGAAGGACGGCAAUGGCGUCGUUAUGGUGUUUGCAAGCCCACGUCUGCAGCGCCAUCCGGUCUCCAGCUUCAUCUUCCAUAGAAGCUCGUCGCCUCAAGAAGCACAAAAGGCUACAAGUUCUCUGUUGCCUGAACAACGAACACCGCCAUCAAAGCCCGAGUGAUUGCAGUAUUGGAGUUCAGCAUCAAUCAGGAGCAAGGAGGAGACAGGUCUUGUUUCAGUCCGUUCUUGCGGCAUUUUGGGUUCCUUCAAUUGUUUCCGUUGCAUUGGCAGAUAAAGAUGUACUGCUGGAUUUCCGCCUUUACUCGGAUGAGGUGAACAAGUUCAAAAUAAUGAUUCCCCAAGAUUGGCAAGUAGGUGCAGGAGAAAGUAAUGGAGUCAAAUCAGUAACUGGAUUUUACCCUGAAGAACCUUCUAGUUCAAAUGUCACCGUAGUAAUCACGGGGCUUGGUGCCGAUUUUACUAGAUUGGAAUCUUUUGGUAAGGUUGAUGCUUUUGCAGAGAAUCUGGUUAGUGGACUGGACAGAAGCUGGCAGAGGCCACCAGGUGUAGCGGCAAAACUUAUAGACUCAAAAGCUUCUAACGGUUUAUACUACAUUGAGUAUACACUGCAGAAUCCUGGUGAAAGUUGCCGACAUUUGUAUUCAGUGCUUGGGAUGGCAAACAAUGGUUGGUACAACAGAUUGUACACUGUCACAGGACAGUUUGUUGACGAGGAUUCAGAAAAAUAUGGUUCCAAAGUUGAGAAGGCCAUUGCUUCUUUCAGACUAAUCUGAGAUUCUGAGAUAAUAAUGUAUGGUUCAGAGUACUGAUUCAUUAGCGUGGCCUUGGCGCAUCGCAUGUAUGCUUCUGAUAAAUUGGGUUAGCUUUACCACUGCAGUCAAGUCACUCUUUGGAGCUGCAUCUGAGGCAUCUCCACAUUGAUUAUUCCCCCUCAGGCAAACAAUAUCAACUAAUUCCACUGCUAUGAUGGUUGGGAUGCUUUUAAUUCUUGCUUUCAACCUCACCUCCUAUUGCUGCAACAUCUCCCUUGGAAAAGUAUGGCUUUCAAGAAGGAAGCAAGUGUAUCAAAAUGGUUUUCAUAUAGCGGUCAAUGCAGCUGCUGGCUUAAUCUCUUUGCUUGCUUUCAUCAGCCUGUGGCAUAUUUGAUCUGCUUUUCUUUUUGGUCAGCCGGGCCCUCAAGUCUCCCAUGUUGGAUUUAAUGACACAUUAGCCCGUUUGUUACAGCUUAAUUAAAGAAAUUAUAAUUUAUAGCUUCUUAGAUUA